GCCACCAUCAGCACCACCUCCGCCGCCGCCGCCGCCGCCACCGCCACCGCCGGCGGCGGCAGCAGCCAUUUCAUCUCCGCAGAAACCAGACACAAAAACAUGGCAGAAAUGGAGAAAGAGGGGAGACCGCCGGAAAAUAAGCGGAGCAGGAAGCCGGCGCACCCGGUGAAGCGGGAGAUCAACGAGGAGAUGAAGAACUUUGCGGAAAACACCAUGAAUGAACUCCUUGGCUGGUAUGGCUAUGAUAAGGUUGAAUUAAAAGAUGGUGAAGAUAUUGAAUUCAGGAGCUACUCUACAGAUGGGGAGAACCGGCAGCACAUUUCUGUUCUCAAAGAAAAUUCUUUGCCAAAACCAAAAUUACCCGAGGACAGUGUUAUUUCACCAUACAAUAUAAGCACAGGCUAUUCAGGGCUUGCCACUGGAAAUGGACUCAGUGAUUCACCUGCAGGGUCAAAGGACCAUGGCAAUGUGCCCAUUAUUGUACCUUUAAUUCCGCCACCUUUCAUAAAGCCACCAGCAGAAGAUGAUGUGUCAAAUGUACAAAUAAUGUGUGCCUGGUGCCAGAAAGUGGGAAUCAAGCGCUAUUCCCUGAGUAUGGGAAGUGAGGUGAAAAGCUUCUGCAGCGAGAAGUGCUUUGCGGCCUGCCGACGAGCCUACUUCAAGAGAAACAAGGCUAGAGAUGAAGAUGGACAUGCUGAAAAUUUUCCCCAGCAGCACUAUGCUAAGGAAACUCCAAGGCUUGCCUUCAAGAAUAACUGCGAACUACUUGUGUGUGACUGGUGUAAGCACAUAAGACACACAAAAGAAUACCUGGAUUUUGGGGACGGGGAAAGAAGGCUUCAGUUCUGCAGUGCAAAAUGCCUCAAUCAAUACAAAAUGGACAUUUUCUACAAAGAGACGCAGGCCAAUCUCCCAGCUGGGCUGUGCAGCACGCUCCACCCGCCGCUGGAAAAUAAAGCAGAAGGCACCGGGGUGCAGCUGCUCACUCCAGACUCUUGGAAUAUCCCGCUGACAGAUGCUCGGAGGAAGGCUCCCUCCCCUGUGGCUGCAGCUGGCCAAAGCCAAGGCCCCGGCCCGUCGGCGUCCACCACCGUCUCUCCAUCUGACACUGCCAACUGCGCCGUCACGAAGAUCCCCACGCCCGUGCCCAAGUCCAUGCCCCUCAGCGAGACUCCGAGCAUCCCUCCCGUGUCCGUCCAGCCGCCGGCCAGCAUCGGGCCUCCCCUGGGCGUCCCGGCCCGCAGCCCGCCCAUGGUGAUGACCAACCGCGGCCCGGUGCCGCUGCCCAUCUUCAUGGAGCAGCAGAUCAUGCAGCAGAUCCGGCCGCCCUUCAUCCGCGGGCCGCCGCACCACGCCUCCAACCCCAACAGCCCCCUGUCCAACCCCAUGCUUUCGGGCAUCGGGCCCCCGCCCGGCGCGCUGGCGGGGGGCGACAAGUCGGACCCCAACCUCAACAACCCCGCCGACGAGGACCACGCCUACGCGCUGCGGAUGCUGCCCAAGAGCGGCUGCGUGAUCCAGCCCGUGCCAAAACCCGCGGAGAAGGCGGCCAUGGCCCCCUGCAUCAUCCCCUCGCCCCUGCUCGGCGCCGGGCCGGAGGACCUGGAGCCGCCGCUCAAAAGGAGGUGCCUCCGAAUUCGAAAUCAGAAUAAGUAAAAGGAACGCUCACUCACAGGGUACGCUCAUGGAGAGGGCGCACAGCAAACCAUGUCACGCCAUCCAAUGACACCAGCUGGUCAGCUCACCACCCCCUCUGGCUAAAACUCAAGCAAAUAAAGCUGCUUCCUGUCAUUAAGCAUCUCAGAGGAAGCAGCCCUCCCUCAGUGGCCUCUAGCCCAGAGAAGCCAGCGCGUCUUGGACCCACCAAGCGGGCCCAGCCUUCCUGCUGCCACCAUCUCUGCCUCUCCCAGAGGAACUUAGGGAUUUCACCCCUGGUUUAAAAAUAAAUAAAUAAAUAAAUAACAAAACACCAACAAACCACAAGGACCAAUAUAGGGAUUCUGCCCGCCCUAUCUUCAAGCAACUGAGGCUGGAAGAUGAUACGGAUUGGAAAACAAAAAUCUUUUUUAAAUCUUUUAAAAAACUGCUGUGGUUUUGCUGCUACACUAAGAAUUGUGAUUUGCAUUGUAAGGUUCUGGACCUAAACUGUUCCUGUUUUGACGGCGGAAAGGGAGGGUCCUGGAGGCCCAGCCCUGCGGAUUCAUCUCUGUCUUGCCCAGAUGCACUUUUAAAUGAAGAGUUAGAAUAUUUUAUUGGCUAAUAUACUUUUCUUGUUAUUUUUACAAAGGCCACCUUUAUCCUUUUUGAUGCCAUAUUUUCAGUGUUACACUUUUAUGGCUUUUAAUUUUCGAUUUGACAGAUGUAAGAAGCAGCACGAAUAGUUUAUACUGUGGUUUUUCAGAGACUGAAUGCCAAGAGAACUCGGUAAAUGUUUAUUCUUCUCAGCUUUCUCUUUAAAUUCCCCUAAAUAGCGCCCCAUUUGGGAACAGAGCAAGAGUGUUGAACUGAAGACCAAAAUGCCCUCAAGGUGUAAAAUAAUCCGAGGGGGAAUAUUUGCUGGGCGUCACGAAAGACUUGGAUGAAAUUUCAACCCUGAUGGUUUUCGGUGAUCCAGGAAGUCAGUGAGACAAUCUCUCCAUACGCAGAGCCCUUUCAUGAUAAUAAGAAUGGUAUGGACAGACCAAUGAAAACAAGAGGGAAAGUGAGAAAGAUCACCCAUGAUUCAGUUUCACUGCUUGCUUUCUCCUGUCUUAGUUGAGAGAAAUGUGCAAUUCGAUCCUCAAUCAGUGGGUGGAGGAUAACAGGGUAGAUUCACUUGUGUGCACUUGUACAGUUGUAGCUGCGAGUCCAGAAGUCCUCUAGAGCAUGUGUACUGGGACUGAGUUGGUGAGAACGUUGUGGAGUGUCCCAUUCUGAUGAGUACAGAAAAAAAAAAGGAGAGAAAAAAAUCAAAAAAAAAAAGAAGAAAACUAAAAAAAAAAAAAAAAAA